AUGGGCCACACUACGAAAGAAUGUGUAACCCUGAAAGACAAAAUUCAGGAACUAAUCCAUGCAGGGCAAUUGAAAAAGUAUGUGCGGGUUGACUGUCCCCACACGUCCAUAGAUCAACCCAGUCCAAGACGAACCAACCUAGGAAAUCCGAGAGGCAUGGAAGGAUCAGAAGCAAUCGGGCCGACUGUUCCCGGUCGGAAAGGCGAUGAAGCAGGAGUCAAGCGCAUUGUGCGGACGUUACAAUAUGUUCACUCGGUGGACGAUGUCCCCCCCAUUACGUUCUCAAAUGAAGAAUUCCACGCCCCUGAUCCCGACCAGGACGAUCCAAUGGUGAUAACGGCGGAAAUCGCCCGGUACGACGUGAGCAAGGUACUGGUGGAUCAAGGGAGCUCGGUGAACAUCCUCUAUUGGAAAACCUUCCAGCAAAUGGAAAUAUCAGAAGACCUGAUCGUCCCAUACAACAAACAGAUUGUGAGAUUCACAGGAGAGAGGGUCGACACCAGGGGAUAUGUACAUUUGCGUAAAAGACUGGGAACUGGUCGGAGCAGCGAGGAAAAGAGGGUGGAAUACGAAGCCCUGGUGGCUGGCCUCGAACUGGCAAGAGACAUAGGGGCUCAGAAGGUCAUAUGCUGCACAGAUUCCCAACUCGUCGUGGGACAAAUGAACGGCGAUUUCCAA